AUGGUGUACCCUUCAGCCAGCGGCGACUACGAAGCUUCUGUUGUUACCACUGCCAAGCCUGCCGGUCGCAAGCUAUUGUUCCUGGGCCUAGGCCUGGUGGUAGUCGUCGCAGCGCCAACUCCAGCUCCGACGCGUCAAGUGUUUAGCUUUGGCAAGAUUCAAGACGGCAGUACUCGCUCUAAAGACGAAGAGACAAACCCAUUGACGUACGAUGGCCAAGGGUGCUACCUCCCCAACUACAUCUCAAAGAAGGGGAAAAUUUACAUUGUCACCAACACCAACCAAGAGAUUCCGAUUGCGAUCAAAGGGAUCAACUGGUUUGGUAUGGAGACGGAGAAUGCCAUUCCAUUUGGCUUGUGGACCAACGACCAGAACGGCACAACCUUGUUCGAGCUCGCGUCGUUCCUAAGCCGCAACCAGUUCAACAGCGUCCGGCUACCACUUACAGUAUCGUCCAUCUUGAACAACACAGCUCCUAACAGAGGUCUCAUCCACGAAUAUGCCAACGCUGCGCUGGACCUGACCAACUACACGAGCACUAUCGGUGGGGUGGUGGAAGCGCUGGGCUACCGCAGCAUUUCCGUGCUACUGGACAUCCACAACCUGGACAUUUACACCAAGGGCGACGCUUGGUUUGGCAACAUGACUACAGAAGCCGACGUGCUGAAUGCGGUGGACGUGCUCACGACUUCGUUCUGCAACGACAAGUACUGGAACAUCAUUGGCAUCGACUUGAAAAACGAGCCGUUCAACAUCACUUGGGGAGACAAUGGACCCAAGGACUUUCGGGUUGGAGCCGCCACGAUGGCCCAUCGAAUGCUGGUCAAGUGCCCGCAAUGGUUGGCGUUCAUCGAAGGCAACGCGUUGAAACAAAACGGCACGUAUACUGGCCAGAAGAGUUGGUUCUUUGACUGGUGGGGCGGCGGGUUGCGCGAUGUGGGAACCGACCCAUUGACUUUGAACACCGCCCACAAGGUUGUGUACGCGCCGCACUACUACUCGCCGUCAGUGUACCCUCAAGCCUACCUCGUGCAAGGCGGAAAGCGCGAGGGAGAUAUCUUGACUGGCUACAGGGAAUGGGACGAUGCGACGCUGGAGCAAAUCGUAGCCGACUCGUCCGAAGACAUGUUUGGGUACCUCCGGUCCACGCAAGAUGGAGCGUUGGUACUGGGCGAGUUUGGCGGGCUGUUCACCCAAGACACCCACGUGAACAAAACCAACCAGCGCGUGACGCAAAACGUCAUCAAAAUGGUGGCUUCCCAGCCGGGGUAUGCUGGCGGGUACGUGUGGUCGUUGAACCCUGAGAGCGGCUACGAGUACAGCGCAUCUGGCACCAAGGGCGCAUCUGGCACCAAGGGGUACUUUAUGGAAGGUCUGCUGACUCUCGACUGGGUGCAUGUCAAUACCCCCCUGCUCAAAGCAUUGGAAGGCAUGAACAGUCUCAACAACCUCACGCCUUUUCCGUGCUUGAAAAUGUAG